CCUCCAAGACUCUCCAGGGUUUAGAGAGUGAUUGCUGCCCCAAAAGAAUCUCCUUCAGCACCCCAGGAGGCAGGCUGAGGCCCUCCGGAGCCCCAGGUGAGCCAGAGAAGGAGCAGGUUAUCUGUGUCAGGAUCACUUCCAGGGGGAUAGUUCUGGCCCCUCACUGGUAAGGACGGGGCAGAAGAGAGAAGAGGAGAGAGCGUGCAACUCCUAGCCCAGCCCUCCUUGGGUUCCUUGCAAGUGGCCCAAGUAGGAAGAAGGCUCUGUACUUUCGGCGUUCCAGCCCGGAUACCCUCUCUCACCUCGGCAGCCAGGCUGAGAAAGGACUCCAGGGUCCCCGCAGCAUGACAACUCUUGUUCCAGCAGCCCUCUCCUUCCUUCUCCUCUGGACCCUGCCAGGGCAGGUCCUCCUCAGGGUGGCCUUGGCAAAAGAAGAAGUCAAAUCUGGGACCAAGGUGUCCCAGCCCAUGUCUCCCUCUGAUUUCCUGGACAAGCUUAUGGGGCGAACAUCUGGAUAUGAUGCCAGGAUUCGGCCCAAUUUUAAAGGCCCUCCUGUGAACGUGACCUGCAACAUCUUCAUCAACAGUUUCAGCUCCAUCACCGAGAUUACCAUGGACUACGGGGUAAAUGUCUUCUUGCGGCAGCAGUGGAACGACCCACGCCUGGCCUACCGAGAAUAUCCUGAUGACUCACUGGACCUCGAUCCCUCCAUGCUGGACUCGAUUUGGAAGCCCGACCUGUUCUUUGCCAAUGAGAAAGGGGCCAAUUUCCAUGAGGUCACCACAGACAACAAGUUGCUGCGCAUCUUCAAGAAUGGAAACGUGCUCUACAGCAUCAGGCUGACUCUCAUUUUAUCCUGCCCAAUGGACCUGAAGAACUUCCCCAUGGAUAUCCAAACCUGCACGAUGCAGCUGGAGAGCUUUGGCUACACCAUGAAUGACCUCGUGUUUGAGUGGCUGGAAGAUGCUCCUGCUGUCCAAGUGGCUGAGGGGUUGACUCUGCCCCAGUUUAUCUUGCGGGAUGAGAAGGAUCUAGGUUAUUGUACCAAGCGCUACAACACAGGGAAAUUCACCUGCAUCGAGGUAAAGUUUCACCUGGAACGACAGAUGGGCUACUAUCUGAUUCAGAUGUAUAUCCCCAGCCUACUCAUCGUCAUCCUGUCCUGGGUCUCCUUCUGGAUCAACAUGGAUGCUGCCCCUGCCCGGGUGGGCCUAGGCAUCACCACUGUGCUCACCAUGACAACUCAGAGCUCUGGCUCCCGGGCCUCUUUGCCUAAGGUGAAGAGACAUGCAAGGGAACUUGCUUGCCAUAGAGCUCCCCAUUUCCCAUUCAGCCCGUUCCCUCCUGCUGACUAUUUUCCUUGGAUUUAAGGAAGAGAAGAGCCAUCAAGCAAGAGCAGGUGGUCUGCAUUCUCUUCCCCCAGAACAUACCGCUAAUAACAUUGCUAAUAGUGUGGAGGCUGGGGUUGCAGAUGCUGUCUGGCUGGGGAACGAGUAGAGACAGUGCUGACUUACUUUGACUUUCAUCAGGAAACACUAGCAUGUCCAAGAUUAAAAGACCCUUAGCAAGUAGAAAGUCCCACUCCCUCAUGGUACACAUGAGGGCAUUACAGCCCAGAGAGAUAGAAUGACUUUCUCAAGGUCAUGCUUCACAAGAAACAAUCAAACAAUCCGACAUCUGUUUCUUGCUAUGUCAGAAAUCGGAUACUAUUACAAAGAACUCUAGAGACAGUGUCCCUUCUUUUGGAGUGAGAAAACUUUGAGGUAGCAAAUAGCAAUGAAAGUCGGUAGACUCUGAUCACCUAGGGCCUGGUGAUAUUUUGAUUACGCAGAGAGAUUUGUGCUGAUGGAACUGGGCCUAGGUUCUCCCUGCCUCAUGUCUUCAUGUGCAGAAUUUAGAGGUCGUCUCCUCAAUGUCCUUACAGUCAGCAAGGCUCUGAGGAAAUCAAGGAGCAAACUCAUUCAUUCAUUCAAUAAAUAUUUACUGAGCACGUACUAUGUACCAGGCACUGUACUAGGCCGUGGAGAAAUAAUGGGAAACCAGAACAACACA